AGAGAUUCCUUGCAGGGGCGGAUCUUUCUAGCUUUCGAAUCUUGCCAGAGAAUUGUGAGCUUGCCUUUGAAAGUGCGCUCGCAGUAAGCAAGAGCAAGGUCCAUCCAGGACAAUGUUGCCAGUUUUCAAGGAUGAUCCUCAUCUCUGCUCGCAUGAAUCUCGCGUCAUGCACCGCAUCAAUGCUUUCCGUGGCUGGAAGGAAGAGUUCAGGAGGAAUGAGGGCGGAAUUGAUCAAUUUGCUGAAGGAUACAAUACCUUCGGAUUUCAGAGGCAUGAGUUGGAGCACAAGUGGACAUUCACAGAGUGGCUCCCAGAAGCGCGAAAAGCGUUUCUCAUUGGCGACUUCAACAAUUGGGAGAACACGCAUCCCUUGCAACCAGGUGAAUUUGGCCGUUGGAGCAUUGAUUUGCCCGACAAGAAAGAUGGAAAAUGGGCUGUGCCUCACAGGUCCCAAUUUCGUUUGAGAAUACAGACAGAGUGUGGCACUGUGGAGCGUGUCCCCGCUUGGACCAAAUUGGCACGGCAGAACCUUGACGUGAAUGUUCUCAACGGUGUCAUGUGGGAGCCGCCUCCUUCAGCACGCUACAGGAUGAGACAUGCAAGGCCUCAUCGCCCGGAGAAUUUGAAAAUCUAUGAGGCUCACUUAGGUAUUGCAGGUAGGGAAGAGCGAACUCACUCGUAUCUGGAGUUCAAGGAAAUCCUACCUCGGAUCAAACGCCUAGGCUACAACGCCCUCCAGAUCAUGGCUGUUGCUGAGCAUGCAUCCCACAGCUCUUUUGGCUAUGAGGUGACAAACUUUUUUGCUCCCUGCAGCCGAUUCGGUACCCCAGAAGAACUCAAGGAGCUGGUUGACACAGCCCACGCUUAUGGCUUGACUGUCCUUAUGGACUUGGCUCAUUCGCACUGCUCCUCAAAUCAGAUCGAUGGGAUUGCAGCCAUGGAUGGCACAGACAAUUGUUACACGCAUCGUGGUCACAAGGGCAAGCAGGAACAAUGGGGUGCUUCGCUCUUUGACUACAGCAAAUAUGAAGUCCUGCGUUUCUUGCUAUCCAACCUGCGAUGGUGGAUUGAGGAGUAUGGCUUUGACGGCUUUCGCUUUGGAGGAGUUACCAGUAUGUUGUACAUUUCCCAUGGAAUCGGAAAGCGCUUUGGCCACGACUACCACCAGUACUUUGGAGGAGAUGCUGACAUUGAGUCAGGCACCUACCUGAUGCUGGCAAACUAUUUGGUGAAGAGGCUGUUGCCUAGAUCAGGAUUGACGAUCGCUGAGGAUUCUUCAGGGAUGCCAACCCUGUGCCGAGCAGUCGAUGAUGGUGGCUUUGGUUUUGACUACUGCCUCUCGGUGAACAUCCCUGGUAUGUGGACCAAAAUGCUGCAGGAGCAGCCUGAUGAGACUUGGAGUGUUAGCCGCGUUGUCAAAGCUUUGCAGAAAAGAAGGUUCAAGGAACCGUGUAUCGCUUUUUCAGAAUCCUACGCCCAGGCUAUGAUAGGAUCAAAGACACUUGCCUCUUGCUUGAUGGAUGCGGAAAUGUAUGCCCACAUGAGCAUCAAGGGGCCACAGAGUAUGGUCAUCGAUCGCGGGCUCGCGUUACACAAGAUGAUCAGGCUGGUCUCCAUGGCAUUGGGGGGAGAGGGAUAUCUCAAUUUCAUUGGCAACGAGUUUGCACACCCUGACUAUGUGGAACUUCCGUCGCAAGACAACGGUUGGAGUUUCAGAAAUGCAAUUCGUCGCUUUGAUCUUCCUGAUGCUGAAGAUCUUAAGUACAAGUUCUUCGAGGCCUUUGAUGAAGCCAUGCUGGCCUUGGACAAUCGCUUCCAGUUCAUGGCGUCGCCUCGCAGCUUUUGCUCCCGAAAGGAUGACUCGGACAAGGUCAUUGCUUUCGAGCAUGGAGACUGCCUUUUUGUCUUCAACUUCCACCCAUCAACUUCCUACACGGACUACCGCGUGGGCCACUCCUGGAAUGAGAGUUUGCGAGUUGUGCUAGAUUCCGACGCUGCAUGCUUUGGUGGUCAGAACCGCCUGUCGCGUGAGCGAUCCCUUCCACCUUUGGAUGGAUGGGACUCGAGGUACCAUUCGACCGAAUUGUUCCUUCCAAGCAGAACGGCACAGGUGCUUGUCCGAGAAUCGCUAGUACAAGGAGGAGUGACUGUGCUCUUGGGUACCGGGCCAACUUCAGCUUGGCCCUUCCCGGCAGGAGAGCUGCUCUUGGCGCCAGUGGAUGCUGAUGGCACCAUUUCCAAGGCGUUGAACUUUACGACCUCCCAGGGAAGGCUGUCUGUGAAAUUGCCUGGUCCCACUGCUUUUAAGGUCUACUGGGAGGUGCAAAAGGGUGGCGUGACAAGGGGGUCUCGCCUGCGAAAUCAAGGGGCCACGAAGGUGAAGCUCCCGUUUGCUUUGGAGACCUUCCGGGUCUACUUUCCUGGCACUUAUGUCCUUGACCAUUUAGGAAAUUUGAAAUGUGUUGGCGACGCCACGGACGAGGGCGAUGGAGUGCCUCAAGGGUGCAAAGACGCACCCACCUGCCUGAGCAGACCCCAGUAUGUUCGAGCAAAGUCCCAGAAGCUUUUGGCACCGUCCGAAAUGCCAGAGGAGCCAAACAUUGAAGCUGCAUCGCACAAUGUCCCGGACAGUUGGAUUGAUGUGAGAUCUCCAAAGCUCUCGCGGCAUGGACACAAGGACCAUUCCACGCAGCAAAAGGAGGUUCCUGCACAGGAGGCCACACAUGAAGCUUCGCAUGAGGUGCAAGCUGAAGAUGUGUUGGAUGGAGUGGAGGAGAUGAUCGAUGCCGAUGCUGAGCCCCAGCCAGAAGUCGAAGAAGAACCCACGGUUGCUGAGUCUCCAGAGAAGGCAGAGAAGGACAGCCAACACUCUCGCGUCCUUCUGAAGGAGAAUGAAGACGAUGCGGCCACAGAAGGGCAUCAAGAAGCUGUCAACAGAGAUGAAGAAGUGCACAAGGAGCCAGAGGAGAUGCCACAAGCUCCAAGCGCCGAGAUGGCUUUGCCACAAGAGGAGAUGUCAAAGGUGGCAAACCCUACGGACGAAAUCCAGGAAAGUCUGGAGGAGCCUCAGGAGCAGGUUCAGGAGCUGUCUGGAGGUGCUGAGGCGCCACAGGCAGUGCAUCUUGAGAGGUCUGAAGUGGCAGAGCCUCUGGUAGAGCCUAAGAUGCCCCAAGCCAGCGAGGUCGUGACAUAUGUAGCCAAAGCACAACAGGAAGCGCCAAAGCAGCGUCGAAGAUCGCAAAAGGCUAGAGAUGCUGCCGCUGCAAAGGUCGAGGGCCAGAUGCCAAGACGGCGUUCCAAGACUAAGAAGGACUUCAAACCGCCUGUGUUGCAGGCUUCCGAUCUUGCCUGGUUGCAAGGAGUUCGAAAAGUGCCACUGCAGCAGUCUAGUGCAUCAUCAGCAUCAUCAAGACAAGUACAUUCAGAGUCGGAGCCGCAGGUACAAGAGGCACAAAAGCGCGACUCCCAGAAGGAUGCCUGCGAUUUCCUUGCCAUGUUCCCUGCGACAGAAACCUUAACAAGAGAGGCUGUAAAGGCAAGCGAGAGUGAGCCAGAGCAAAAACCGGUGCUUUGUCAGCGCAAAGGUUCCUUGUCCUUGCUGGCAGAGUCAUCCAAGGGGAGUGAAGGACCAGAUAUGCAGUCGUCCGACAAGCAGGAGACAAAACCCGUGCUUUGUCAGCACAAAGGUUCCAUGUCCCUGCUGCCGGAGUCAUCCAAGGCGAGUGAAGGAACAGAUUGGCAAUCGGAUAAGCAGGAGACAAAACCCGUGCUUUGUCAGCACAAAGUGAGUGAAGGAACAGAUUUGCAGUCGGAAAAGCAGGCCUCCAGAUCGAAAGUGGAUUCUAGACAGGAUGCUUCAAGGUCGCACUCACGGAGAAGGAGAAGGCGAUCACGCAAGGAGCAAACGACCCGAUCGAGGUCCCAGCGAAAGGACAAAGAGGAGGAACAACUUAAGGCAAUGCACGCUGCAAGGAUGAAGGCUUUGGAAGAAGAGGCUGCUGCAAUGCAGGCCACUCGCUUAAAGGCGCUGGAGGAGGAGCAUGCUGCAGCCAUGCAGGCGGCGAGGAUUAAGGCACUUCAAGAAGAGCAGGCUGCAAAGAGAAAGGCUUUGGAAGAGGCGCAGGCCGCACGAAUGCAGCUUGAGGCAGAGGAGGCGGCUAUCCGAAAAGCGGAAGAGCUAAAACAAAAUGCAGCUGCUGCAGCUGCUUUGCAGGCAGCGAAGACAAAAGCCAUGCAGGUGGCCCAGGCCGAGCAGGCGACAAGGGCUUAUGCACAAGUCCCUCAGGAUCCGCCUGCACUACUGAUGCAUCCAAAGGGCUCCAUGUCACUCGUUGCAGAGCCAGAGGCUCCCAAGGCUCCACAGCAGGAAGCCUGCCAGGUAAGUCUAGCCGCUGCUAAGGCUCGCCAAGUUGCGCAGCCGAAAUUUGCCAGAGGGGCUCCAAGAUCUUCCAAAUCGUUGCCACCACGAAAAGAGGUGCCGGUGGACGAGUGCCCAAGAGUGACCAACACCUUCAUGCCGCACCAGGUCCAACAGGCUCAGACAAGGCUGAUGGAGGAACCACCAAUGCUGAACUACAGAUCUAAGCAGGGAUCCUUUUCUUUGCUGCCCGAUUUGGAUGCCAAACAGUGCCGAAUAGAGGAGGUGUUUGCCGCUCUGGAGGCGGAGCACACGGACCUGCCGCAGGACGAAGUGCAGGAGGCGUCAAGCCUCUCGCUUCCUGAUGGGGUUGAGGUGCAGCAAACAGACAAAGACAGCAAGGAGGGACACACGACACCAACAUCUGGGACGCAGACCCCCAAGACGAAGGCAGUCUCUGAUGCCAACUCUGAUUCUGGGCCAGACUACAUGGAACGAGUCUUUUCCCUGUCAGCCUUGGAUUCGCUUCUCCAAGAUCCAGAAGGCAAAGCAGAACUACGACAUCAAUUGGAGCUUGAUGAACUUGAGGACAAAAGACCAAAGUACACCAGCCACCACUUGUCCAGGCCUGUGGUAGUUGUCUCAUCAGAAGUGAAUCCUUGGUCAAAGACUGGCGGUCUUGCAAUGGUGGCCGGUUCCUAUGGCUACGAGUUUGCCAUGAGGGGACAUCGUACCAUGGUGGUCUCCCCGCGCUAUGCUGCGUAUGAUGGUGCCCACUACAUUGGCUACACAAAAGUUUGGCUUGACGGAAGGGAACAUGAAGUGCAAUUUUUCCACCUUUACCAAGACCUUGGUGAUGGCAAUGGCACAGACUACAUCUUUGUGAGCCAUGAGUGCUUCUCUCGUGGAGGUUUGUAUUGUGAUCCCAAGGAUGGCAAAGAAUACCCAGACAACCUCUUCCGUUUCUCCCUCCUGACGGUGGCAGCACUUGAAGCCCCACUAAUCUUGAACAUCAGGGGCAGCACCUUUGGCCAGGAUGUUCUCUUCAUCGCGAACGACUGGCAGACAGGGUUGUUGCCAGUGUAUCAUUUGUACAAGUACCGGCGGAACAACACCUACAGGAACUCCAGGUGCAUGUUUGUGAUCCACAACAUCGGCUAUCAGGGCAAGUACCGUUUGAGCAAGUUCCCCAUCGACAGCUAUCUUGGACUCCCACCAGAGGCCGUCGAAUACUUGCAGGGUGAGGACUUGAACCUGGGCAAUGACUGCAUGAACUUGCUGUCAGCUGCAUGUUUGGCGUCCGACAGGGUCCUCACAGUCUCACCAAACUAUGCCGCAGAGAUCCAGUCUCCAGAAGGUGGUCAAGGGCUGCAUCAGAUUCUGCAAGACAAGGGCCGACAAAAUCGCAUGGCUGGCAUUCUCAACGGUAUUGCAGAUGAAUGGAAUCCGAAGACAGACCCCCACAUUCCAGUGAACUAUGGCCUUAGGACCUUUGAAGAAGGGAAAGCUGCAUGCAAAAAGGACCUGCAGCGAUCCUUAGGCUUGCACGAAGAUCCAGGUGCAGCUCUCAUUGGCUUUUGCGGGCGAUUGUGCUACCAAAAGGGUGUCCAUCUCAUUACGCAGAUCAUUCCGUGGUUGCUGACCUACGAAGCAAGCGGUGUGCUGGGACGCGUUCAAGUCAUCCUUAUGGGAAAAGGUGAAGACACCUAUGCCUCCCAGUUGUCGAAUGCAGAGAACCACAACAAGGGAAGGGUAUGUGGCUACGUGGGAUUUGAUCCCAAGAUUGAACACCGAAUGUUGGCAGGUUGCGACUUCCUUUUGAUGCCAUCCCAAUACGAGCCGUGCGGCCUUCCCCAGAUGUAUGCGCAAGCAUAUGGAACGGUGCCAGUCGUACACGAAACUGGAGGCCUGAAGGAUUCUGUCUUGGGACUCUGGGAUGAGCAGAGAGACCGGGAGACUGCAACAGGGUUCCUGUUCUGCGGCUUUGAUGAGAAUCAUUUGAAGGAACGCAUGUAUCAGGCACUUGAAGUCUACCACAAGAAGCAGGACCUUUUUAAGCAAAUCCAGAUGAAUGGCUUGCGGACAAACUACUACUGGCCACAGGCGAUUGAUGAGUACGAGCGUCAAAUUGACUGGACACUUGACAAUGAUUUGGCUGCGAGCUAGUGCUCCAGAAAACCUUUGCGCCUUUGCGUAUGUUGUCCGAGAGAGCCAUUCGGUGAUUCAGGGUGUUCCUCCAAGAUGUAUAUAUAUAUAUAUAUGAGUACUCCAAGGUUCCUUCCAUGUUUGACGACAAAGCAAAGACUGGACUGGAGGAAGUCCCGCACAGUGCCCUAGGGCAAUUCAUUGUCAUAGAGUCUACCGCACAGCCAGGCAGGCAACAAUUGCGGUGACGCAGUGCAAGCUCACUGCGCCUUGUGUUGAUACCACGUUUAUGCCC